AUGGAGUCGGACGUUAAGCGCAUGGCCUCUGACCUUGCGCUGUACAUUAUCUACGACGUCGCGACAAAGCUGGAACGAGUAGCCGGCGUUGUCUCAAGAACCAUUACGAAGAUUAAGACUAGGGACAAUCUAUCAGCCCGCACUGAAGGAACGCCUUUUCAACAGUACGAAGCGACGACUGCCAUGAUGAUCGCAGCUUGGGAUCUUGCCGAGGAUUGCUUAACGAUGUUGGCGCCGGGGAAGAACACACUGGAUGAACUCCGCGAGGAAUUUGAGUUCGACAUAAAGAACUCUAAAACAUCUAAAAAGGCAUACUUGCAAACACCACCUACGGAAAGGCACGCAUAUCUUCAGAAGAGAUGGUCGGUUGCCUUCCAGCAGGAUCAGAUCCGGGCCCUAAUCGGAUAUUCGAGUGUUGCGAUUGUCGGCACCCACGCCAGCUCUUGCCGUACCGACGUCGUCAUGCUUGUUACCUUUGCCUUCGGUUAUCCAUCUCCACCUGUUUUCUUACUUUACCGUUCGCUGCGAUCGACUUGCAAAUCUCUCUCACCAACCGGGAUCUUAUAUAUCAGCCCUCGUCCCCCAGAGUUUUCUGCCUUCUUUCUUGUAGAGCUUACUCCAGCCACUCCUCCUCCUCUGGGGCCGCCCAUCAACCUCGUUGCGAGCCACAGGCCACAUCCUGCACCUCCCAUUUGCUCCCAUAAGGACAGAAAGCAGCCCGCUAGCUAUCUAAAGAUAUGGCCAAUUUUCCCAAGGGAUGCGUUUGAGCAUGCAACGUGGCGCAUGCACUUCGCGAAGACCCUCCAAGGUGACGACGCUUGGAUCGUAUACUACGCCGUUCGCCAACAAGGCAAGCCUGCUAAGGUUAGGCCAAACAUUUACAAAAGUCCGGCUGGGUCCACAAACGCAGACAAAGUCAACCAAGAUCAGAUUGACCCAAAUUCAUUGUGCGACGGUGGGAGCGGCUGGAAGCCCACUGCUACCGCUUCGGUUCCGCGCAUACAGUACCUUUGGGAGAAGCACUAUGUCACCCCUUUGCGCAUGGAUGACUACAGAAACGGACCCUUUGACCCAAGCAAGGUGACAUCGAUCGUUCCUAAAGAUGGGAAAGACCCGAAAGAGAGCCAGGCUACCGAAGGGAAUGGCAUGGGGCGAAAGAGAAAGGCAGAGGCGGCCGAAGAAGAGAAACCGACAAAGAAGUCGCCGAUUCAUCGCAUGAAGGAGCUCAUGGCCCUCAACAAAUUCGACAGUGGCAAGGGCAUAUCAGAUACCUCACGACGACCCCGGAAGGAAUUGAGACCGCGAGCGGGGCCUUGCAGCUGAGAGGCUAUCAACUCCAUGCGGUAAAUCGGCUG